CGACGGCAGUGCAGGCGGACGUUCGCGCCGGGUUCCGGCGCGUCUCGAUGGUGUCGGGGACCCCCGACCCCCGGAGCGCGCGGCUGUAGCGGCCGCGGGGGGCGGCGCCGGCCGGGGGCGCAGCCGGGCCGAGCCCCGCAGGUCCCGGGAUGGGCGCGGAGAGCAGCGCGCUCCGGAGCCACGCGCUGGCGGGACCCCCCGAGACGCUGCCCGGCGGCCUGGCCGUGUCCCCUGCGCGGCUGCAGGAUGGACGCGCCGCCUCCGUGUUCCUGUACCGCCGCGGCAAGGAGGACCGCGUGCACCAGGCGGCCCAGCAGCUGAAGACCCUGCGACACCCCAACCUGCUGCGCUUCCUGUCGUGCGCCGUGGAGGCCGACGGGGUCCGGCUGCUGACGGAGCGCGUGCAGCCCCUACAGAGUGCGCUGGACACGCUGGCCCCCGCCGAGGUCUGUGCAGGCAUCUAUGACGUACUGCGCGCGCUCGUCUUCCUGCACGACCGGGGGCGGCUGACGCACAACAACGUGUGCCCGGCCUCAGUGUUCGUGAGCGAGGAGGGGGACUGGAAGCUGGGGGGCAUGGACACCGUGUGCGGCUUCUCGCAGGCCACCCCCGAGUUUCUCAGGAGCAUCCAGCCUCUGCGGGACCCGGCGUUCGUCCCUCCGGAGGAGACGGCGCCCGGCUUCAGCACGCUGCCCGACUCGCACGGCCACGCCCGCGACGCCUACUCCUUCGGGAUGCUGGUGACGAGCCUGCUGCGUGGGCAGGGUGAGCGGGCGCCCCGCGGGCCACGAGGGUGGGGGGAGCCGCGCCCCCCCCCCACCGGGCCUCACUGGCCACUCCCGGUUGCAGCCGAGGCGCUGGGCAGCCUGCAGCCCACCCUGCACGACGCCCUCCUGCACCCGCUCCCGCACGGCCGCCCGCCCCUCCGCACGCUGCUGGCCCACGACUUCUUCAGGAACGACUUUCUGGAGGUGGUGACCUUCCUGAAGAGCCUGACGCUGAAGAGUGAAGAGGAGAAGACCGAGUUCUUCAAGUUCCUGCUGGACAGGGUCAGCGGCCUGUCUGAGGAGCUCAUCGCCGCGCGCCUGGUGCCACUGCUGCUCAACCCGCUGGUGCUCGCCGAGCCCGUGGCCGUGAGGAGCUUCCUGCCGCACCUGCUGGGGCCCAAGACGGCCGGCGGCCCCGGGGAGGUGCCCUGCCUGCUGUCGCCGCCGCUGUUCCGGGCGCGGGUCAUCCCGGCGCUGCUGCAGCUCUUCCAGGUGCACGAGGAGCACGUGCGCCUGGCGCUGCUCGGCCACCUGGACGCUUACGUGGGCCACUUCUCCCCCGAGCAGCUGCGCGGCGUCAUCCUGCCACAGGUGUUGCUGGGGCUGCGCGACAGCAGCCCGGCCAUCGUAACGGUGACGCUGCACAGCCUGGCCGUGCUGGUGGCCCUGCUGGGGCCCGAGGUGGUGGUGGGCGGGCAGCGGAGGAAGAUCUUCAGGUGCAGCGCGCCCAGCUUCGGCAGAGCCCGCGAGCCGGCCCAGGGAGGUGACCCGUUUCCGCAGCUGCAGCCGUUCCCCAUGAACGGGGUCGCGAGCGUGAGAGCCGACUCUGGAGACGAAGACGGCGUCCCGCCUGGCGCCAGGACGCCCGAGGACUGGCCGGACUGGGGGGAGCCCGAGGAGCCGGACAAGAGCGCCCUGGGGUCCCCGCCGCCCCCGGCGCCGCCCAGCCCGGACCCCAGGGAGCCCCGGGACCGCCCCGCGGCCGGCCGAGACUCCGGGGGGCAGAGCACGGGCCCCAGCCCCCCACCUGCCGAAGAGCCGGCGCCGCGGCCACCCAGGCCCCCCGAGGCCGGCCAGAGGAAGGCGCAGGAGGGGCGCCCGCAGCCCACUGGGCUGGGGCUGGGGGAGGAGUUCACCAUCCGGGUGCGGCCACCGCCGUCGGCCGAGCAGGACUGGUUCGCGGACAUGGUCCCCGAGAUCACGCCCUCGGCCGCGGGCCUGCUGCUCCCCGCGGCGCCCCCACCGCCCUUCUCCGCCAAGUUCGCCGCCGCCGAGAUGCCCGAGGGAGAGGCGGAAGGCUGGGGCGAGGAGGGCGAGCUCGGCUGGGAGGAGACGAGCUGGUGACCCCGAGACGCCUCUUCUGGACACGCCAACCCAUACCUCAGCCCGGCGCCGGCAGCAUCGCCUGCAGGGACCCAGCCCGGCGGCAGGACGAGCUGCGGACAGGGUGACAGCCCCUCCCCGGGGGCCCGGACGGGAAUAAACACAGAUUCGAGCC